CGGUUCGUAAGGUAGAUACCGUUUAUGAAUCAACUUGUGGAUUCCGAGUAAAAACCAUUUAACAGUUGAAACCGUACGUAUUAAAAAUCCUCAAGUAUGGGACGGACAGUGUACGCCGAAGACAGUGUCCUGACGUAUUUAAAGUCCCUAAAGAGAACAGAUGGAUACACGAUAGGAUUAAUUCUGGGGCAGAGCACGGCGGCACAAAAAGACUUUGUUGUACAUUUAGCGAGAACGCCACCCCCAGCGACUAAAGAUGUGAUCGAAGAAUCCAUGAUAAGUUCAACAAGUAACGCGCAAAAGGAAACUGAAGCGAAAUAUAUUAAAUCGAUCAAUGAUAUACCAGAAACUUGGGUCGCUGAUCAUGCGAAACAUGUGACUAGAAUGUUACCAGGUGGUAUGUGGGUGUUAGGAAUAUUCGUUGUUGGUCCUGAUGAUAUUUUAAGUGAUAGCAAUUCCAUCAUCAGAUUGCGAUCGGUAAUAGUUGCAAUUUAUAAGCACUUAGCAUUGAACAAAUUUCUUUACGGAAAUACCGACCAAGAAAAUCUCAUACUUCACUUCAAUAGUCUAACGGAAAAGAUUACUUGUAAAUCUCUGGAUGCGAAUCUUGGUGGAAUAUUGAAACCGGCAGAAUGGAAGUUUCAAGCGAAAGCUACGAAAUGGCAUCAACUCGAAGCACGCGUGGAUUUUGAUCGUUUGUUUCCAAUUCCAGCUGACGAUAUUUCAACCACAUUGAAAAAACAGUUACAAGGAAUUCUCGCACGUAUAUCAGAAACUGUAGAUUCAGCUUUAGUAAUAAUCGAAGGUGAACCAAGAUCUCCAGACGAUGCAGUUGAAGUAGUUGGAAAAAAGAAAAAAGAUAGGAAAGAAAUAAAAAAUAAAGAUGAUGCGGGAAAUGCGGAUAAAACGAUCCAAGUUAGCAUGUACAUUCCCUGCCCAAAAAAUCCUACGUCGGAUAUUCUGAUAACAUCUUGCAGUGCGACAAUGCGACUCGUUGGACAAGUUGUUAGCAGAACAUUCGUUCACCAAAAAGCAACGAUCCAAGAAGCCACCGUUGCGGUGAAACAAGAUGUCAUGAGGUCACUCGCGAGUCGUUUAGAAAUGCAUUGGGACAGUUUAAUCGAAGAAGAAAACGGUUCUCCCGAAGAAAAUGUUACGCUGCACGAACCCCCGAGAAGAGUUCUAGUCGCCCUACCGCAAAGUAGGGUAACAUUAUCAGACUAUUUAUUCCCCGGAGAAGGACCUCAAGAAGCUUUAGUUUCUUUGCAGGAACUCUUGGAUUUGGAAAUGCAAGAGAGUAGUGUUCAGAAAGAACUUGAACUUCAAGCAGAUCCUUCAGAAUUCUAUCUUCAAAAUACUGUAGAUACGGCUGUGGUAGAUAAUAGUGAAGACCCAUCGCAAGAUCAACAGUUUGUUGUGUAUAUGGCGGGUUUAAGUAUUGCCAUUUUUGUCCUUAUAGCCGCUAUCGUUGCGCAACUGUACUAAGUUUCUAUUUUUUUUUAAUUAUGGGGAGAAAUUAGGAAAAAAAAAAUCAUUUUCUUCGUACUCAUACGAUUGCAAAGACAAAAAAAAAUUGAAACUGUUGAUUUUUUUCUUCAUUUAUAGAAUUACGAAAACUGAUUCCGUGUUGAAUAUAUAGGGAAUGGAAAACGAAAUACCGUACAAUAAAAUAUACCAUACUGGUAAUCGCUAAUAGCCUAAUGUUGAAAUACUUAGUGACAGCUAAUAGAAAAUGUAUAAUGGUUUGUAACGGGAAAUUGAAUGAAUUUGUUUUCCUAAAGUGUAUAUCGUAUGUACAUCGUAUUUAACAAAUAUUUUUAUAAUGUCGACACUACAAUUGCGCGAAUAUAUAUUGAACGAAUAUUUAAAUAAAAUCUUUCAGUGCGCAA